AUGGUUAAUGGACUCAAAGUUGAAGACAAAUUGGAUGGUGCAGCUAAUUAUACCUCAUGGAAAUUCAGACUCCCUAUUGUGCUUGAAGAGAAUGAUCUUCUCAACUACGUGAAGUCUGUUGUAGAUGAACCUUCUGAUGAUUCUGAGAAAGCACAAUGGAGAAAGAAUAAUUUUAUGGCAAGAAAGAUACUAAUUGAUUCUAUCAAAGAUCAUUUGGUUCCUGUUAUAUCCAAGUUGGAUUCAGCCAAAGAGAUGUUCGAGUGCCUUCAAAGUUUGUAUGAAUUCAACAACAUUGGUAGAGCUCUAGCCUUGAGACGUCAACUUCUUCAUAUCAAAAUGGCUAGAGGUGAAUCUGUUGUUUCUUUCUUUAUGAAGAUUACAGAAUUGAAGGAUCAACUCAAUGCUAUUAGAGAUUCUAUUGAGGAUAAAGACCUGGUUAUGCUGGCCAUGAAUGGCCUUCCUCACUCUUGGGAAUCUUUCAUUCAAGGUAUUAAUGGAAGAAAUGAACUAACCAAGUUUGAUCGAUUGAGAGCUGAUUGCAUUCAAGAGGAAUGUAAAAUCCCUAGCUGA